ACUCUUGUCUUGUUUUCUUCUAUAAUUUAAUAUAUGGAAAAUUACCAAUAUGAGAAGAAGCCAAGAGUUCUGUGCCUCCAUGGCCAUGCAACUAGUGCUAAUAUAUUGAAGAAAGAAUUGGAACUUGGUUGGCCACAAUAUUUACUUGAUAAGCUAGAUUUGGUGUUCUUGGAUGCACCUUUUUUACUUCAAGAUAAAGUGGAUGCUCAUGACAUUUUUUAUCCACCCUACUAUGAAUGGUACCAAGCUACUGAGGAUUUCAAGGAAAUUUACAAUUUUGAAGAAUGUAUUCAAUAUAUUGAAGCUAACAUGGAGAAGUAUGGACCAUUUGAUGGUGUUUUAGGUUUCAGUGAGGGAGCAGUUGUAGCUGCAUCAAUGCCAGGAAUGCAAAGGGAUAGAGUGGCUCUAACCAAAGUCCCAAAAAUAAAAUUUGUGAUGUUAAUAGCAGGGGCCAAAUUUGGAGGGGCCGCAUUGGGAUGUCCCAAGCUUGCUUCUAAUGCAUUUGCAUCUCCAAUUGAGUGUCCAUCUUUGCACUUCAUUGGUACUUUUCUU